AUGCAAGGUGCCUCGGAAUCCCUCGUAUCCCCUCCGGUGGCCCCCGUCAAGCCCGGUAUCUUGAUUGUCACCUUGCAUGAAGGCCAGGGUUUCGCCUUAUCACCGCACUACCAGCAGAUCUUCAACUCGCAUUUUCAGAACAGCAAUGGCUAUGGCAUGCGCCCAAGCUCUUCCUCUUCCCACUCCACUCAGGGGCAGGCCGCGUCGUUCGUACAAAGCGCCCGUCCGCAGUCCACCAGCGGAGGUAUCAAUGCCGCUCCCACGAUCCACGGCCGAUACUCCACCAAAUAUCUUCCGUACGCCCUGCUCGAUUUCGAAAAGAAUCAGGUUUUCGUGGAUGCCGUCUCGGGGACCCCGGAAAACCCCCUCUGGGCCGGAGACAACACAGCUUUCAAGUUCGAUGUGUCACGUAAGACGGAAUUGAAUGUGCAGCUGUAUCUGCGAAACCCCGCCGCUCGGCCUGGCGCCGGUCGGAGUGAGGAUAUCUUCCUCGGAGCGGUCAAGGUGCACCCUCGAUUCGAGGAAGCUCAGCCCUUUGUGGAGGACCCCAAGCUCAGCAAGAAAGAUAACCAGAAAGCGGCCGCAGCCCAUACGGAGCAGGAACGCCAUCUGGGUCAGCUCGGGGCCGAAUGGCUGGACCUCCAGUUCGGAACCGGCUCGAUCAGGGUCGGCGUCUCCUUCGUGGAGAACAAGCAACGCAGUCUGAAGCUGGAGGACUUCGAUUUGCUGAAGGUCGUGGGUAAAGGUAGCUUCGGCAAAGUCAUGCAGGUCAUGAAGAAGGACACGGGUCGUAUCUACGCCCUCAAAACCAUCCGCAAGGCUCACAUCAUCUCGCGAUCCGAAGUCACGCACACUCUUGCCGAGAGGUCGGUGCUUGCUCAGAUCAACAACCCUUUUAUCGUCCCAUUGAAAUUCUCCUUCCAAUCCCCCGAGAAACUCUACCUGGUUCUGGCCUUUGUCAACGGCGGUGAACUGUUCCAUCAUCUCCAGCGGGAGCAACGAUUCGACAUCAACCGCGCUCGUUUCUACACCGCCGAACUUCUAUGUGCACUGGAGUGUUUGCACGGCUUCAAGGUCAUUUACCGUGAUCUCAAACCCGAAAACAUCCUUCUCGAUUACACCGGACACAUCGCCCUUUGCGAUUUCGGUCUGUGCAAGUUAGACAUGAAGGAUGAGGAUAGAACGAACACGUUCUGUGGAACCCCUGAGUACCUUGCUCCUGAAUUGUUGCUUGGCAAUGGCUACACGAAAACCGUCGACUGGUGGACGCUGGGUGUCCUCCUUUACGAGAUGCUGACGGGUCUUCCGCCAUUCUACGACGAAAACACGAAUGACAUGUACCGAAAGAUUCUGCAGGAGCCUCUGACCUUCCCUAGCAGCGAUGUCGUUCCGCCAGCCGCUCGGGAUCUUCUGACCAGACUUCUUGACCGUGACCCGCAGCGUCGGCUGGGUGCCAACGGUGCCGCAGAAAUCAAGUCGCAUCAUUUCUUUGCAAACAUUGAUUGGCGCAAGCUGCUCCAGAGAAAGUAUGAGCCAAGCUUCCGGCCGAAUGUGCUGGACGCUCGUGACACGGCAAACUUUGAUCGCGAAUUCACGCAAGAGGCUCCCCAGGACUCCUACGUGGACGGACCGGUCUUGUCUCAGACUAUGCAGCAACAAUUCGAGGGCUGGUCUUACAACCGGCCGGUUGCGGGUCUGGGAGAUGCCGGUGGCAGUGUCAAGGAUCCGUCCUUUGGCAGCAUUCCCGAGUAG